CCAACCUGCACAUUUAAACGGCGGAGGAGGCACGGGGCUGAGCACCGGGGCCGGGCUGAGCCCCGGGCACCACCGACGAAGGGCUGCGGGGAUGCUCGGGGUCGUCCCGGGGGAGGAGGAGGAGGGGGGGACCGGGACCACCUCGUGCUCGCAGCCGGGAGCAGAGCGCCGGGUCCCGGCGGGUUUCUGCUCAGGACGGGGCGGCUGCGAGCUCCUCGAUCCCGCUGAUGCUCCCUGCGAUCCGGUGCUGCUUUUGCUAGGGGGAAAGGCGAGGAGAAGAGGAGAGCCUGCACGUCGAGGAGCUGAGGGAGAGCGGCUGCAGACAUCUGUUGUGAGCGAGUUCGUUUUAAAGGUAACUGAACUGGAAAGAAGUCGGGAAGCGGGAGGUGAAGGCGGACGGCCAGAAAUCCCGAGGGCUUGUGAGGACAGACCACAGCAUGUGAGCAGAAGGGGAAGCACAGAGAGGGAUCUCGGCCUGCCCACGCUUGGACUUGACAUUGCUGGGCCCACAUCUUGCAGCAGGAGGAAGAGGAGAAGGCGGUUUGCUCACUGACACUAAAAAUGGGAGGCGGCAUCCAUCCGGCAGACCAGGAUCGGAAGCUCCAGAGCUCACCCGUGGGACAUCUCUGGGAUCGCCGGAGCGCCGCAGCCCUCUGUCCGUGAGGCUGUGGGGCAGCAUGGCUCACAGAGCGGGGCUCAGCACGCUGCUGCACAGCCGCCGGGCCCAGCUCCUGCUGCUCAACUCCCUGACGUUCGGCCUCGAGGUCUGCCUGGCUGCCGGCAUCACCUACGUGCCCCCGCUGCUGCUGGAAGUGGGCGUCGAGGAGAAGUUCAUGACCAUGGUUUUGGGGAUAGGACCGGUCCUUGGCUUGGUUUUUGUCCCACUGAUCGGGUCUGCCAGCGACCACUGGCACAGCAGCUAUGGCCGGAGGCGGCCUUUCAUCUGGAUGCUGUGCCUGGGAGUCCUGCUGAGCCUCUUCGUGAUCCCGCACGCCAGCAGCCUGGCCAGCCUGUUCGCCCUCAACACUCGCCCGUUGGAGAUCGCCUUCCUCAUCCUGGGCAUCGGGUUGCUGGAUUUCUGCGGCCAGGUCUGCUUCACCCCGCUCGAGGCCCUGCUCUCGGACCUCUUCCAGGAGCCUGACAACUGCCGCCAGGCCUUCUCCAUGUACGCCUUCAUGAUCAGCCUGGGAGGCUGCAUUGGCUACCUGCUGCCAGCCAUCGACUGGGGGGGCAGCUUUCUGGCCCCGUACCUGGGAGGGCAGGAGACGUGCCUCUUCAGCCUCCUGGCUGUCAUUUUCCUCGGCUGUGUGCUGGCCACGCUCUUUGUGACCGAAGAGGCAGCCACCCAGGCAGAUGCCCUGGAUGGCGCAGCGCUGAAGGAUGCUCUCCCAAAGCCCUCCCCUCCUGCCUGCUGCUCUUGCCAGCUCUCCAAGAGCCUCCUGCAGGCCAGGCACAUGGUGCAGGCCCUCAGAAACCUCUGCACGCUGCUGCCGCGGCUUCACAACCUCUACUGCCGCAUCCCCAGGGUCAUCCGGCGCCUGUUCGUGGCCGAGCUCUGCAGCUGGAUGGCACUCAUGACUUUCAUGCUGUUCUACACGGAUUUUGUUGGGGAAGGGCUGUACCACGGUGUCCCCAGAGCCAAGCCAGGCACAGACGCCAGACGCCACUACGAUGAAGGUGUCCGGAUGGGUAGCUUGGGCCUCUUCCUGCAGUGCGUCACGUCCAUCUUCUUCUCGACAAUCAUGGACCGGAUGGUGAAGCGCUUUGGGACGCGGGCGGUCUACCUGGCCAGCGUGGUGUUCUUCCCCGCCGCUGCCUUCGUCAUGUGCCUUUCCCGCAGCGUCAUCGUUGUGACCGUCUCAGCUGCUCUCACGGGCUUCACCUUCUCUGCACUCCAGAUCCUGCCAUACACGCUGGCAUCGCUCUAUCAUCAUGAAAAGCAGGUAUUUUUGCAUAAAUUCAAGAGCAAAGAGGAGGAAGAUCCAGCUCGACUGGACAAGAAAUCGGCCUUCCCUAAAAGCCUUUCCAGCCAGAAGCUGACUUACCAGAACGGACAUGCUGGGAGCCUCUACUCCUCCUCCUCCUCCUCUUCCUCCUCCUCCUCUUCCUCUCCUCCUCUGGCUGCCAGCUCAGCUCUGUGCGUCAGCUCCUCCUGCGACGUCUCGCUGAUGAUGAUGGUGGGAGAGCCGGACUCGGUGGCUCCUGGCCGAGGGAUCUGCCUGGACCUGGCCAUUUUGGACAGUGCUUUCCUUCUCUCUCAGGUUGUCCCCUCCCUCUUCAUGGGGUCCAUCGUGCAGUUUACGCAGUCGGUGACUGCCUACAUGGUGUCGGCUGCUGGCUUUGGCCUGGUGGCCAUCUACUUUGCAACCAAAGUUGUCUUUGAUAAGAGUGACAUGGCCAAGUAUUCGGUGUGAUGGGGAAUGCCCAGGGGCAGCACGCGGGUGCCUUCACGUGGUGAAACGAGCCUCGUGUUGUGUGUGCUCUCCCCACGCUGCUGCUGGGCCGCCCGGGGGGUUGCUCUAGGCCGGGGGCAGGAGGCGUGCAGCAGAGCUAAUCUCAGGUGUAAAUACGAGGCAUCGGGGCAUUGUGCUUCAGGCCAGCAGUGCUCUCCACAUGGUGCCUUUAUCAGAUGAAAGCACUGCACAGCCAGCACCAAAGGAGAUUGUACAGGGGGACAGAAUGGAAACGGACUUUUCCUUUAAUAACGGGUCACGUUUCCAUCGUGUUUCUACCUAAACUGAGCAGGAGAGGCAGUGAUAUGGGAGGGGAGGAAGAAAUCACUGGCUCUCCUGUUUCCCAGCUCUAGAUGUGUCCUCUUACCCUGCUUGUUGUAAUUUUACUCAGCUUCUUGAGUAACACUUCAAACAGGGCACUGGGAGGAGAUUUCCUUGGGAAAAGGAUGGGUGGCUGAGGUUGGGUCAUGGAGCAAAGGGGUGCGCAUGUGCACACGCGUGCUUCAGUCUCCCUUCUGACUGGGAGAAACCCUUUAGGAGAAAAGUUACUCUGCCUUGUUUGGGAAAAACAAGUGACGUUUCACUAGGACCAAUUCCAAAAGGUGACUUAUCUUUUACAUAUGUACCAAGUUUCAGCAGAUGAGAAGGACUUCUUAAUUUAUUUUUUUUUUCCUGGAUGAUUGUUUUUAGCUUCCCUUACAGUUCUCAGUAACAGAUCUCUCACUCCUCAGGGCCCGGAGCAGCCACCUGUUCUCUCCCAGUGCCUCCCAGCAGAUCUGGGCUGGUGUGCCUCUUCCACACCUGACCCCUGAAAGAUGCUGCAGUACCACAAGGGGGUUUUCAGCCCUGUAACAGUGAAGUAGAACAGACAGAGCUCUCCUGGAAGCUCUCCUAGGCUGGAGGAAGCUGCAGGGAUUGCUUGUCCACCGACAGCCAGCUGAACUGGGCAGCAGUCGCUGCUGUACUAGCUACCUCGUGUUGCUCGCUGGCUGUGUCUGUGUUCCUUCGAGGAGGUGGCCCCAAAGCAGCCUUCCAGACCAGACCCUUUCCAAACAGAAGGGCUUUUGGCUGUGCUUGCAGGCUGGCAGGAGUGUGUGUGCAGAGCACAGCUGCAUCGCGGUGCCCUGGUGAGUUAAAGCAUUGCCAGCGCUCCCAAAGCAGCUGCUGGAAACAGCAUCAUGAACACUCCAGUCCGCUGCUUUGAGAACAGGGCAAGCCUAGUUCUUGGUGUGUUGGAUGAAGGAAGGAGCAGAACAGAAACUCUCGGUGCUGUUUGUGCCUGUGGUUUGCUGAUCCAGAUUACACGUUUACUAUGUUACGCUUGUUUUGGCCUUUUUUUUUUUUUUUUAAAUUUCCAGAGGUCAAGAUCCUUACUGAGGCGCAGCAUAAACACAGUUACCUGUGAGAGUAAGGCAGAGUGCCUGCUGCACCGGGACCGAUGCUGCUGCCUUGUUUAGGUUGGGCAGCCCUCAGACUGUGAGUCAUCUGCCCUGGCAGAUGAGCAGCUGCAGCUGUGUGUGCUUCUGGCCAGCCCCAUGCCUGCUGCGAGUGGACCAGCUGCAAUAAUUAUGCAGAUAGAAGAUCUCUGCCACUUGGAGAUUCCUCAUUCACCAAGUAGGAGUCCAGGUCCUGGCCCCCAGUCAGCACUUAGGCUUUGAAAUGCACAGAGAAAAGCAUGAGCUGGGCAUUCGGAGGCUAGGCUGAGAGCAUGCAGGAGUUCGUCAGUCCUUAAUUUUGGCUGGUCUAAACAAAGUGUUUGUGAGUAAUUUUCUGUGGAGGUGUGUGGGCAGUGAGAUGCACUGGUGAGGUUCUGCUAAGGGCAAAAUGUUGCUAUUUUUGGGAGGUCGUGUCAGACCAUUCCUUGGCAUGGAAGCCAGGUUACUCCCCUGCUGUCUGCAGACGGGUCCUGAGAGAGCUUCUCCUAAGUGUUUUUAAAGUAUCUUUCCUGUAAAGGGUGACUGUUUUUGUUGUAUUUCUUCUCAAAUUAUAUGCCUACCGGCCUCCCUUUCCCACAACAAGGUCUGUGUGCUGACUUGCAGCUGUUCGGGGGAUGGAUCUGGUGGCUGCUUAACCACCUACGGAAACAGUUUUUCAUCUGCACUUCCUACCCUGGUCUCUGUCCACUUCGGGCUUCGGAAGGAAGUUUUUGAGGCAAAACAUUGCCAACGGUGGGGUGUUGCUGGGACGAGUGCUCCUAGCGAUCAGUAACCUCUGACCAAGAUUUUUCAAACCGGUCCCCACCUGAAUGCUGGAAUCUCUUGCCAUUUGCCUAAGUGCCUGUAGAGUACUUCCACACCAACCUCAGGUCUACUGGUCUGGUGAUGAAGGCCUUGAAUGCUUCAUUAGGAACAUCCCGGUGAUCCCUGAGGAAGCAGUGGGCUCAGGAGGGUGUCAGCCUUGUUUUCUAACAUCUUUGGGUUUGGAACAUGAGAGAAAAAGAUGCUGCAGUUAUUGAUCGGUGGCUGUGAGAGCCAAGCUGGGGACAGAGGGGAGCGGGGCGAGCAUCUUCUGUGAUCUGGGGCUCUUUUUGUGAACCUGUGGGCGAGGGAUGGCCGUGUCGAUGCUGGGUUUCUUUGGAGAUCGCGUACUGUCUGCGAGGCGCGGCUGUUUUAUUUAUUCAGUAGAGUAAAUAUUUUGUAUACGAUGUCAGAGGAUGGCUAUAAUAAAUUUAUAUGAAACCGAGGAAAUAAAAAGCGCUCAAACUGCC